AUGACGACGACUUUGGCGGCUUCUUCGAGCAGCGCGACGACGGCUCUGGAACGCGCGAUCGCGCGAACGCUGGACGCGUUCAUUCGGAGAAGCGCUCGAGGAGGAGGCUCGGACGCGACGAUGAGCAGUUCUGGUCAAUCGAAGAGCCUUAAAGGUGGUUUUAAGGGCGUGUUCCUCGGGAAAUCCCGCUCGGUGGUACGACUCACCGGGAAGGACGGGAAAAAGUUACUCCAAGGAUUGCUGACCAACGACGUCGAUUUACUUCUGGAGGAUGACGAUAAUAAUACUAAUACCAUGUACGCGGCGAUGUUAACGCCGAAAGGGCGAAUCGUGACGGACGUGUUCUUGACGAGAGGAAGAAGCGAUGAUGGUGGAAGAAGAAAUAAUGAUGAGAUUUUGAUUGACUCGUGUCAACGUGCCAAAGAGACGUUGUUGACGCAAAUAGUGCGGAGGAAGUUACGGUCGGACGUUUCAGUGGAAGACGCGAGCGAGGAGUUGAGCGUACGCGUGAUGCCACCUUCGUUUGAUACCGAUUAUGCUGAUAGUGGUGGUCGUGGAAAUGUACUCUUACCGGCGGAUCCGAGAUGGUUUGGAUUAGGACGACGCGGGAUAGUUUUUGACGCUACGAAGAAAACGGAGGAAGACGCAGAGUUGGACGAGAAGGUGUACGCGAACUGGAGACACGCGAAUGGCGUGCCGGAAGGGUCUUUGGAACUCGGCGAGCGGUUUCCGGCGGAAUCGAGGUUGACGCAUUUACACGCGGUUUCUUUUACCAAGGGUUGUUACGUCGGCCAAGAACCGACGGCGCGGGCGGAGUUUCAAGGCGAAGUGAGGAAAGGCGUCGUUCCGGUUGUUUUUGAUGAAAAUAAAGAAGUCAAAAUAAAUGGGAUAGUCAUAUCGAAAAAAGACGGGAAAGAGAUUGGGAAAGUGGUCGCCUCUCGAGGUGGCGGCGUCGGGUUAGCGUUGGUGAGAUUUGCAAAGGUGGAAAACGUCAGCGAAGGCGUUUCGAUUGAAACAGUCGACGAGAGCGGCGACGGAGGAGAAAAGGAAGAGAAAGCGUUCACCGAGUGCGAAUUUGGAACGCCUAACUGGUGGUCGCACCAUUGGAAUUCAAGAGAUUAG